AUGACGAAAAAGAGAGAACGAGAACUCAAGGAUCUAGGAUACAAAGUUGUCUUCAUUUGGGAACAUCAAUUUAAAUAUCAACUGGAAAAGAAUGUGGCGUUACAGCAGUUCGUGUCGACAUUGGAUAUACAGGACAGACUCGACCCACGUGAUAGUUUUUUCGGCGAUCGAACUAAUGCCAUAAAAUUGCACUACAAGGCGGCGGAAGACGAAACCAUUCAAUAUUACGACUUUACCAGUCUUUAUCCGUGGACAAACGAAUAUUGUCGAUAUCCCGUAGGACUUCCUACCAUCGUCACGGACAAUUUUCAGGAUAUGUCUCAGUAUUUUGGACUUGCUAAAAUUAAAAUUUUACCCCCUAGAAAACUCUAUCACCCCGUGCUUCCUUACAGUUCUAAUGGAAAAUUGAAGUUUUCAUUGUGUAGAACCUGCGCGGACAAUGAAAAUCAGAACGAAUGCACGUGUUCCCUAGAGGAGAGGGCCAUCACGGGCACGUGGUGUACUCCUGAAAUUCGAAUGGCAAUGUCUAAAGGGUACAAAAUCUUGAACAUCUACGAGGUCUAUCAUUUUGCCGAGUCGUCUAUGUACAAUGUCGAAUCGUGUGAGGGGGGAUUGUUUACUCAGUACGUCAACAUUAUCUUAAAAAUUAAACAGGAGGCUUCGGGAUUUCUAGAUGAUUGUAAAACGGAAGAGGCGAAACGGAAAUACAUCGGGGAUUGCAAAGAAAAAGAGGGCAUAGAUUUAGAAUACGAUAAAAUUAUGUUGAAUCCCGGGUUGCGAUGCUUAGCAAAACUCUGUUUGAAUAGCUUCUGGGGUAAAUUUGGUCAGAGAUUGGGUAUGCAACAGUCUAUGUUUAUUCACGAAACGGAGGCCGAUAAAUUUUUUCAAAUGCUCACUGAUCCGACCAAAACCCCCCACAAUUUCCACAUCGUUUCAAAAGACAUUAUUCAUUUAGAAUGGAGCAACAAUCCUUUAUUUACUCAAUUCGAUAACAAAACCAAUAUCUUCCUGGCAUCGUUUACCACUAUGUGGGCUCGACUGAAAUUGUACAGUGUUCUCGACCAAUUAAACGAGAACGUAUUGUAUUUCGAUACAGACAGUGUCAUCUUUAAGACUAAACGGUCGGACGAUUUGAGUUACCUUCCUAUCGGCAAUUACUUAGGAGAGUUAACAAACGAGAUCCGCCCCAAAGACGGCUACAUUGUUGAAUUCGUCUCGGGGGGUCCAAAGAACUAUGCCUAUCGCACAUCGUCUGGCAAAGAAGAAUGUAAAGUUCGAGGGUUUACAUUGAACUGGGCCAACUCGAAAUUAAUCAAUUUCGAGGCCAUUAAAUCGAUCAUCUGUACGUCACCCGAAAGAAAAAUCGAGGUCGUCAAUCCUUGUAAAAUUUCGAGGGACAGUAGAAAAAGAAAACUGCUCAACAGAGUAGAAACAAAAAACUAUAAAAUGGUUUAUACCAAACGAAGAAUUCUACCCAAUUUGGAUACAUUGCCAUUCGGAUUUUAA